AUGGGGCCCCACGGGCAAUAGGGGAUCAUGGGGCCCCUGUGUCCUUGCCCAAACUCAAAAAAGCCUAUGAAAAAGGUACCAGGGGCAUCUCAUGGCCCCCCCUACUGACCCCGCCAAAGAUUAUACAAUUCUCAUUCCUUCCAUCGAAGGUGUAAGGAAAGAAUAUUGCUUGAUUCCCCCCAUCCAGGGGCGAACUGACAACUCAUGGGGCCCCCGGGCAAUAGGGGAUCAUGGAGCCCCUGUGUCCUUGCCCAAACUCAAAAAAGCCUAUGAAAAAAGGUACCAGGGGCAUCUCAUGGGGCCCCCUACUGACCCCGGGCCCUCGGGCAGUGCCCAAGUUUCCAAAUGGUCAGUCCGCCCCUGGCCCCAUCAACAC